AUUUUGGGUCGAAUUGCGAUUGUCUGCCAAAGCUGCCCGAAUUGUGUUUGGUCGAGUUACACGGUGCCACGUACGUGUAACGGUAUAGAAGUCAAUUCAAGAUGCCUCCUCGAUCUCAAAACCAACAAAGUCAACCAUCCCGCAGUGGAUAUGAUAUUCCUAUCAAGACUCUUCUUUUCGACAGGAAGUAUCUGUGGUUUUCUGCUACUGUGUUUUUCAUCUCAGAGAUAUUUGUGAACGUUACUGUGAUCGAAAAAGUGAAGUAUACCGAGAUUGACUGGAAGGCUUAUAUGCAGGAAGUAGAGGGAGUUAUCAAUGGCACUUAUGACUAUAUGCAACUCAAGGGUGACACAGGACCUCUGGUGUACCCAGCUGGAUUUGUGUAUAUCUUCAUGGCACUGUACCAUGCUACCGAUGCAGGAACCAACAUCAAGCUUGCACAAUAUAUAUUUAUGGGCUUAUACCUGAUGAAUCUCAUCAUGGUUUUCAAGAUCUACAUGAGAACAAAAAAGAUUCCACCAUAUGUGUUUUUCUUCAUGUGUUGUGCAUCGUAUCGAGUGCAUUCCAUCUACGUGCUACGUCUUUUCAAUGAUCCAGUCGCUAUGUACUUCCUUUACGUGGCCAUCUGUUUGUUCAUGGAUAAACGCUGGACUGUAGGGUGCUUCUUCUUCAGUAUAGCAGUAAGCAUCAAGAUGAACAUUCUUCUGUUUGCUCCUGCUCUUCUUAUCCUACUCCUGACACAGUUUGGUUUCUGGUGGACUAUACCACGGCUUGCUGUCUGUGCUCUUGUCCAGCUUGGCCUUGCUUGGCCCUUCUUACAAGCCAACCCCGAAGGUUAUAUCCUACGGUCAUUUGAGAUAAGCCGCCAGUUCUUCUACAAGUGGACGGUCAACUGGAGGCUUAUUCCUGAAGAGCUCUUCUUAAAUCGUCAUUUCCAGUUGGGUCUUCUUGCUCUUCACCUUCUUGUCCUGUUUCUCUUUGCUGUCCAUCGUUGGAACAGGAGAAAUGGAGGCAUCUUUGCUCUUCUCAAAGCCCCAACAUUGCCAGAGAAGAGUGUAUUGAAUGAAAAUUAUAUUGUAGCUACCCUCUUCACAUCUAACUUUGUAGGAAUGGCCUUUAGUCGUACCCUUCAUUAUCAGUUCUACGUCUGGUACUUUCAUACUCUACCAUACCUUUUAUGGAGCACGGAUUAUUCUGAUAUGAUAAGGUUAUUGAUUCUUGGUGUGAUAGAGCUAUGUUGGAACACAUACCCCUCAACUCCGCUAAGCUCUGGCGCCCUCCACUUUUGUCAUAUGGCCAUUCUAAUUGGUCUGUGGCGGAGUAAGGAAGAAAGGAGGGCGGCUGCAGCUCGAUCGCAGAUCUCACAAGACGCCAAAGAUGAAUAGGUACUAUCAAUUUAGAUUUUUUUUGUUACUUGUUAUUAUUGGUCAUAACUUUCAACAAAUUUUGAUUUAAACAAAUAUUUGCUUGCCACAAAUUGAACAAUUGCCUUGAUACGAACAGCAUUCAUCUACAGAGAUCAUAUUUGAAUUAAAAUUAAAUGCACGAUGAAUAUGAUGUUUGUAAUCCUAGAAAAUAAUUUUUUUUUAAA